GGAGGGGGCGGGUCUAACAGCGGUCUGCGGGGGCGACAAGAUGGCGGCGGAGACUGUGGAGCUCCAUAAGCUGAAGUUGGCUGAACUGAAGCAGGAAUGUCUGGCCCGUGGCCUGGAAGCGAAAGGCAACAAGCAGGAUCUGAUCAACAGGCUCCAGGCGUACCUGGAGGAGCACGCUGAAGAAGAAGCAAAUGAAGAAGACGUGCUAGGAGAAGAAAUAGAGGAAGAAGAGCAGAAGCCAGUAGAGCCGCCUGUCAAAGUAGAAGAGCCUCCUGUAAAAUCGCCUGAUGUGAUUACGGAAAAGAAGGUAGUGAAAAUAACGUCAGAAAUAUCGCAGAUGGAGCGCAUGCAAAAGAGGGCUGAACGCUUCAACGUGCCCGUGAGCCUGGAGAGCAAGAAGGCAGCGCGGGCAGCUCGGUUUGGUUUGGCCACAGUUUCGACUAAAGGCCUCUCCGCAGACAGCAAACCCACGGUAAACAUGGAUAAAUUAAAGGAAAGGGCUCAAAGAUUUGGGUUGAAUGUCUCCUCGCUCUCCAAGAAGAGCGAAGAAGACGAGAAGCUGAAGAAGAGAAAGGAGCGGUUUGGCAUUGUAACGAGUUCAGCCGGGGCUGGAGCUACAGAGGACACAGAGGCAAAGAAGAGGAAAAGAGCAGAACGCUUUGGGAUUGUCUGAUGCCGGUCCUUUUUUAGCUUCAGCCCGUUUGCAGUGUGCCUCUCGAGUGCGUGCAUCCUCUUUCUCUCUCUUUCCCCCCACUUUUUCUCGCUCCCACACUGUUUCUCUAGGUUUUAGUGAUGAGUAGACAGGGAAUCCCCCGUAGUUGUAUGAUUGUGCUACUUAUUUUUUUCAAGUUACAAAGUUUAGAAAUGAAGAAAAGUUGAGCAAAAAAGAAGAAACUGUUCUCGGUGCAUCGCCAGUAGCCUGCAGUCCCGUGGUCCGGUGGUUUCCCAGCUGCUGGUGGGGUUGUUUCGCUACAGCUUGCACCGGAGGUACCGUCCGGCGGGGAGAGAUGGAGAGCGUCCCAAGUGCUCUCCGAGUGCCGCUGGGAAACGCCUGUGCAGGGGAGAGUCAAACUCUGCCUGGUAAAUAAACGGGCAGAGAGCGCAAGGGGAGGAGCGCAGUGCGAUGGGGAAGAAGGGAAAAGGUUGAGGAAUGGAGAUGGAGCAGGGUUGCUCUGCCCUUGGCGGUUGCUUUUCUAGCGUAGGGACUCCCGGUGUGGUGCUAAAGCAAGGACCCGCUUGGAAGGUGGGGUCUGCCCGCUGUCCGAUGCCAUCUCCAGCUCUCGGACUGCCCCAGUCCUCUCCUCCUCUUCCUCCACCCUGUGAAAACAGGCUCCGAGGUCCAGCUGCAUCGUGGUCUCUUCCCAGCAGCUGGGACGAGAACACGCCUGGUCCCGAGAGCACGGUGCGUUACGUGAGUCCUGCUCUGCAUCUCCGGCGUCUUUGCCCCUGGCUCGUUCGAGAGCUGACAGGUUGAACGUCAGGGAAGGAUUUUCUCAAUUAUAUUGUCUUGUGUUUUCAAAAAUGGAAGUGGCGUGUGUGAUAGCCGACACGUGGGGCGGUUUCACGACUGCCUUCCUUCCCCGGGUGAGGCUAAUGGGAAUUGUCAGAGCAAGAAUUGCUGAUUAACCCUAGAUCAAGACCGGUGUCCUAAAACGAGGAGGAAAAUGUAGCAAUGCAUUUGCAAAUGGAGCCUGUUCUCACCGCUUCAUUUAUCCCGCCUCGUUAAGCCCUCUGCGGCUCGUGGCAUUUCACGUACGUUUUCCAGGCUCCUCUAAGGUCGGUUUCUCCCCUUAAACGACAAACCAGCAGUUGCUUUGUCCCAGGUCUGUUCUCAGGCUGGAUUUUAUCUUGUCCUCUCUUAGCUGCUGAGCUGGCUUAACUCGCAGACUUGCUGAAGAAGCCUCAGUCUUCUCCGAGCUGCCAGACGGUGCAGGAGAGCACCGGCCUUACCCCGGGCCCCGUGGUUUUGAGUGUGGAAGUUCUUGGUAGCUGGGCAGGAACACUGUUCCUUCUGCUGUGUUAACUGUAACCCUUUCGGUGAAAUUACAGACAGAAAUUGGGCCGAGUCACGUGAAAGUCGGCGCUGCCGCAGCUUGUGAAGCGCUUCUUGCUGCUUUAGCGUUUCGGACAGCACCUUUGUUCUGGGGGGGGCCGUAAAGAGCGAUUCCCCGGGGUGGCUUGCUUGGGGGAAGAAGUGGUAGUGGUGGAGAAGCAUAGGACCCUGGACUGGCAGCACGGGCAGAGAGGAGCUGCCCGCUGCCCUUCCCUCCUUUGCCUGCCCAGAGAAUUAGUUUCGCUCACAAGCGUUGGCUCCCGCUGCGCAUCCCACCCUGUGCAGAGCUUUCCCUCCCUCAGACACCUCGGCCCCGGGCGUAAGCAGGAAUCUGUCCGUCUGCUUGGGAUUUUAGGUGGGCGCCGUGGCUGAAAUCCUUCUCUUUGUCUGAAGACCGAUGGCCUAGGAUUCUUAUUUCUGACCAUAACCUCUUACCGGAGAGACGUUUGCCUUGUCCGUGCUUGGGUCCUUAAGAUGCUAGAGAACAGCGGGCGUGUGUACAGACCGAGCUUUUCAGAGGCUGAUACCUGAUUCUUAAUAAGCAAUAUAUAUAUAUUUUUUAACAUAGAAGUCUUCAAACCGCUUCUGUUCCACUGAUGUUUGCAGUCUGACUGCGUCCGCGUGCCCUCGGUGACUCUGAGCAAUACCUUGGACGUUUGUUUACUUUCCCAAAGGGCAGCUAACAGCCACGGGUCCGGGUUACGUCGUGUGUCUUGGGUUCUCGGUGGCUGAGUGAAUCGAAGCUCCCUUGCUCCUUCCUGAUUUAAUGUAAUAACGUUAUUCUGAUGUUUGGAGGUUUGGGUUUUUUUGUAUGUCAGAUUUUGUAAGAUGUAUUUUCUAUUUGGCUCAUGAUCUUUUUUGCUGGUUAUUUGCUUAAAAUGUUUUGUAGUGUGCCAGGGCAAACACUGCAUUUCAUUUUUUUUUUUUUUUUUGGUUUCAUAAUAAAACUGCUUCUCCAAGGCAA